AUGUUCCUGCUGGAGCUGAAGGUACCGGAGGUGCUGGAGCUGCUGGUCCUAGAGUUGCUCGUACUAGGGGUACUAGAGCUGCCGGGGCUGGUGGUGUUGGGGGCGCUGGAGCUGGAGCUGGAGACCCUGGCGCUGGAGGCGCUGGAGCUGGAGGCACUGGCGCUGGCGGUGCUGGAGCUGGAGAGGCUGGAGCUGGAUACCUUGGCGCUGGAGGCGCUGGAGCUGGAGGCACUGGAGUAG